AUGGAGGGUGGGGGAGGGAGUGGAAUCGGUGGGUUCCCUGGAGCCUCGGGCAACCUUCUCGAUGCCGCAGCUCAGGCGUUCUACCCUGCUGUCGGUGCCCCCUACCCUCUACAGCCUCUCCCGCAACAAAUAUACUGCCCCCACCCGUAUCCUGCCAUGCCGGUGCCGGCUGCGGCGGCGAUGGCCGUGCCGGUGCCGGUGCCUCCGAUGGCGAUGGCCCUGGCGCCGCCGCAGCCGGGGUACACCUUGCCGAUGUCGACGCCGGUGGUCGACGGCCCAUCGAGCCGCGUCGUGGUGCUGGGCCUGGUGCCGCCGCACGCUCAGGAGGCCGAUGUGGCGCAGGCGAUGGCGCCGUUCGGCGCGAUCCGCUCCGUUGACGCGUCGGCGGUGGCGUCCGAGGGCGUGGCCACCGUCCAUUUCUACGACAUCCGCUCCGCGGAGCUCGCCGUCGCCUGCGUCCGGGAGCAGCACAUGCGGCAGCAGAGCCGCCUGGGCCAGCUCUACGCGGCGGCGGCCACCGUGUCCCCGGCCUGGCCCCCGCCGCCGACGCCCCAGGCCUGGGAGUGGCCCCACGAAGACUGCCGCGGCCUCGUCCUCGGGCACGCCGUGUGGGCCCACUUCGCCACCGGCGCCGACGACGGCGACAACCGCGGCUCUCUGGUCGUGCUCAGCCCCCUGCCGGGCGUCUCGGUGGCGGACCUCCGCCAGGUCUUCCAAGCCUUCGGGGACUUGAAGGAUGUGAGGGAGUCGGCGCAUCGGCCGAGCCACAAGUUCGUGGACUUCUUCGACACGCGCGACGCCGCGCGCGCGCUCGCGGAGCUCAACGGCCAGGAGCUCUUCGGCCGCCGCCUCGCCAUCGAGUUCACGCGCCCUUCCGGCCCCGGGCCCCGCAGGCGCGGGUACGUGCCCCACCACCGGCCCACCGCGCCGACUCCGCCGAGGCAUCAAGCGGCGUGGCGAACGUCCCAGCCGUCGGCCUCCUCGUCGUCGUCGUCGGGCUCCGUGAGGGCGAGGGAAGGAGUGGUGCUUCUGCGGAGGAGCUCCUCUAAGGCCGUCGCAGGCGAUCAGUCCAAGGGCGGCACGAGCCAUGAGCGCAAGAGCAAGGGUGGCAACAAGGUCGUGCCGUCGGCGUCCUCCUCGUCACCCCCCUCCUCGUCGACCGCGACGGCGACUGGAAAGCAAGCCCAGAAAGGUGCCGGGAGCGGCGGCGGGAAUUGGAAAGGACGGAAGAGCGGGUGGGAGGCGCGCUUCUUGUUCAAGGAGCCGGAGGCCGCCGGCGACGCCGCCACGCCGGCGGCGCCGGCUCAGGAGAUGGACACGAGGACCACCGUCAUGAUCAGGAACAUACCCAACAAGUACAGCCAGAAGCUGCUGCUCAACAUGCUGGACAACCACUGCAUCCACUCCAACGAGCGGAUCGCGGCGAGCGGCGAGGAAGGCGAGGGCCAGCCCUUCUCCUCCUACGAUUUCGUCUACCUCCCCAUCGAUUUCAACAACAAGUGCAACGUGGGCUACGGCUUCGUCAAUAUGACCUCGCCGGAGGCCGCCGUGCGGCUGUACAAGGCGUUCCACAAGCAGCCGUGGGAGGUGUACAACUCGCGCAAGAUUUGCCAAGUCACAUACGCGCGCGUACAAGGCCUGGAGGCGCUGAAGGAGCACUUCAAGAACUCCAAGUUCCCGUGCGACAGCGACGAGUACCUGCCCGUGGCGUUCUCGCCGCCGCGCGACGGCAAGCUCCUGACGGAGCCGGUCCCUAUCGUGGGCCGCUCGCCCGCCGCGUCCGGCUCGUCGUCGUCGCCUCCCAAGAGCCGGGCGCCCAGCGUGGACCCUCUUGCGCAGGAGCUGAUGCCGGCGCCCUCCUCGUCCGGCGACGGCGACGGCGACGGUGCGUCGUCCACCACGACGUCCUCCCACGCGCCGUCCGACGACGAGCACGAGGAAGACAGGCUCGCCGGGGAGCUGCGGCGCCUGGGCUACACCGACUAGCUAGCCGCCGCAGCUCUAGUAGCCGGCCUAGCUUAGCGGCGAUCGGCAGGCGCGCGUGCGCCGCGUUGCUUCGAGAAGCGGAGGCAAUGAUGGCGGCCAAGCCUCUCGCUGCUCCGUAACUCCUGCACGCGCAGCGAGUGAAGUGGAGUGGAGUGGCAAU